UAGGGCACGAUCUCCGACUCUCCGUCUUCUACGCCAGUACUAAAAACCCCAACGCAGAGAGAGGCAGAGAGAGCAAGCACCCGAGCGAGAUGGCGACCGAGAUUGAAGCAUACUACGACGAUGGCAGUGGCACCUACCUGUUGUCGUUCGACGAGGACUUCUUCGACGCAACGCUCACCAAGUCCGGCGGCAAGGUGGAGUCUUGGCUGGGCGAGACGUACCGCAUCCACCGCAGCUGCGGCCACCCGCUCGUCGUCGGCCUCGACGUGGAGUGGCGCCCCGCCGCCCCCGUGCCGGGCCCCGUCGCCGUGCUGCAACUCUGCGUCGACCGCCGCUGCCUCGUCUUCCAGAUCCUCCACGCCGACUACGUGCCCGACGCGCUGUCCCGCUUCCUCGCCGAUCCCAGGUUCACCUUCGUCGGCGUCGGGGUCCGCGACGACGCCGCCAGGCUGCGGGUCGGGUACGGGCUGGAGGUGCCGCGCGCCGUGGACCUGCGCGCCCUCGCCGCCGACACGCUCGGGAGGCCCGACCUCCGCCGCGCGGGGCUGCGGGCGCUGGUGCGGGAGGUGAUGGGCGUGCAGAUGGACAAGCCGCACCACGUGCGAGUCAGCGCCUGGGACAAGCGCAACCUCUCCGAGGACCAGUUCAAGUACGCCUGCGCCGACGCGUUCGCGUCCAGGGAGGUCGGCCGGAGGCUCUACACCUGCAACUGCGACGGCGCAUGAUGAUGUCGUGUCCUUUGUGGUUGGACGGGGCUUUUAUCUUUUUGCCAUAUAAAUUUGGCUAUCGCCUUUGUGUUGAUCGUACUGUUUACUGCUUGGAUUAGUGGUUGGAACCUUGAACUUAAAUGAAUGUCGACCGUCAUGCGAUUCGGGUUGUUGUAUGUUGCAUUACGUAGCUGUUUCAUGAUUUGCCGUCUGAAAUCUUUGCGGUGGCGUUUGGAUA